CCUUUUCACAACUGCUCCCACUGUGAACUCCCCAAACUGAGACGCCUCACCUCCUCCAACUUCUCCUCACUUCACUUUCUCUGUAAACAGAACUUCAGGCAGCACCGACAUGAGCGACCCGAAAACUCUGCUGGGUCUGAGGGUCUGCCUGUGGGCCUGGAUCUACACCGCCACUGCAGAUGACGUCGAUGUGGUGAGAGCUGAGACUGUUCGCUGGGUGUCUCUAGACUUUAAGACGCUGGUGGUGUGGAACAGCCAUCCAUCAAACUACUCCUUCACUGUGAUGUACUCAGAAGAUCAUCAGGACUGGAACACGAGUCCAGACUGCAUCAAAAUCUAUGAGUCACAGUGUGAUCUGACCAACUACCUCACACAUUUGGAUAGGUCAUAUACUGCAGAUAUCCAGACGGAAAUGGACUACGAUACAGAUGAGAACUUUCCUCACACCCUUUCUCCAGUGUUCAACCCUUACAGAGAAAGUGAGAUCAGUGCCGUUUCAUUCACUGUGGAUACUGUGGAAGAUGACAAAGUGAUGCUGCAUAUAACGGAUCCUCUGAGUGGUAUCCAUCGCAACAGAAAACACCUCACCAUUAGAGAUAUUCUCAAGACUGACCUGAAGUACAAGAUCAGUUACUACAAGGCUGGAAGCACUGGCAAGAGGGACAUAAUAUCUGACUCCAAUGUGGCUGAGGUGUCAAACCUGGAUGCCGGACAGAGUUACUGCUUCAUGGUGGCAGCCUACAUUCCCUCCAGACCAAAAGCUAACCAGUUAGGAGCCUGGAGCAAGCAGCAGUGUACGGCGGGACACACGAGCAUCCUGCAAGACCUGAGUAUCGGAGCCUUGAUUGGUGUGCUUUUCAUCCUGCUGGUGGUCAUCAUCGUCUUCAUCAUCGUGACCGUCCUCUGCUGCAAAUGCUGCCGAAAGAGAUCAGACCAACGUUCUUCAGCGGUUUAGCCUUUGUUUAAACAGGAAGCAGGUCUUUCUCCAGGUCUGAAGCUCCUGAAUGGUUUUUUUAUAUAACUUGAUACUUGUGUUUGAGGACAGCAACAAUUCAGCAUGAAGGCUCAGCAUUUAAGAAGCGCUUUAAUCAUGUGAAGGUUAAAGCAAGCUGGAGCAGCAGGUUAACUGUAUUCAACAGGGUGGGUCCUAAU